AUGUGGCUAACAGAUCAGCAAAAAAUCGGUGCCGGUUUGGUAUCAUUCGGAGCAUUCUUUUUGUUCCUAGGGAUCAUCCUAUUCUUUGAUGGACCUCUAUUAGCAUUAGGAAAUGUCUUGUUCACAAGCGGGAUAACGUUAUUGAUCGGACCACAAAAAACCUUCUACUUUUUUGCACGUAAACAAAAGAUACGCGGUACAAUUUGUUUCUUUUUGGGAAUGUUGAUGGUUUUUGCAAGAUGGACAAUUUUGGGUAUGAUUGUUGAAGUGAUUGGUUUCAUUAAUUUGUUCGGCGACUUCUUCCCUGUUAUCCUAAACUUCUUACGUCAACUACCCUUCAUCGGACAGCUGCUCAACGCACCGGGUGUCAGUGCAGUUGUCGACAAACUUGCAGGGGCAAGACAAUCGGCUGUUUAA